CUCAUCCUCCUGCUGCUGGACCUUCUUCUCCAGACAAAGUACCCGCUGACACAGCUCUCCAUGGUCCUGGCUCAACAGCCCAUCUGUAACACCAUCAAGGGAUCAAAGAAAUUACAAAGGCAUCAAGCAGAAUCCUAAUUUCUUCAUAAAAAAGGGAUAUCGUCACAAAAAAAUCGAUGUUUCCAUACCUCAGUAGAAGUUUACGAACAAAUGAAGUCCAACUUUACAGCCAUUCCCAUGACUGUUUUGGAUCAGUUAACCAAUGCUUUUGUCAAGGAGAUUCUUCUAAUGACAACUCAAUGGGCUUUGUUAGUAACGAAAGUGGUGGACUUCCUAACACUGUGACUAUACCGAUGUCAAGUUCCAUGUUAUCGCCCGUCUCAGCUCAUUUAAAACCACAUAAACGGACAGGAGAGAAAACCCCCAAAACAUUACUAAAAAUGAUGGAAAGACAUAGAGAAAACGAAAGAGUCCGGCAUCAUACACUAAAUGAAUCUAUGAAGAAGGUCUGUGAACGUGUCCCAGGUUACUCUGAUGUCAUGAAAGAAACAAAGGUGGUAAUGAUGCAAAAAAUCAUUGCUUAUGUUUGUUACUUGGAAAACACUGUCCAUGACCUGUGUGAAAAACUUGACCUUAAAGUUGGCGAUCUUCUGAUGUCCACGGACUUCAUCACUGAGCAACUGCGGACUAAAAAAGCUACUACUUUAAAGAAGGAUCCUCCUGUUCUGAAGCAAAAGACCAAAAUUAAGUCUGAUCACAAGAAACAUCAACUGGAGCAGAGAAGGCUGAAGAUUUCCUCCCCGACCAUAGACUCCACAACUGACCACCAACUGGUGGAGGACUACGAGUCUUCCCAGGAGUCAGGGGUCGGGACCAGUGUGGGGAUGCACUCCUUCCCCUACCUGAGGGACCACAAGUGGCUGACAUCCCCCAUCAAAAACCUGAUGGACAUAUCUGUGUGUGGAGAGUCCAAAGAUGAUCCAGAUGAGGAAGGAUUCUUUAGCCAGUCUACACAGGGUAUUCUGAGCCAGUUAAUAGACACUCCAUCCAAACUGAUAUUUCAGAAUGAUGACUUCUUGCCUUCUUCAUCCUGCCUUGACAAUUUCCCAGAUGCCUUUGAUCUCAUGUCUAGUCCUAUUGGUAAACGGUCAUCUCAGCUAAACAGUCCAAGGGAGAGAAUAUUGCUGAAUUCCUCCUAUGGGAUCAAAAACGAUGUACAAGACUAUACUGAGGCUGCUGAGCACACAGAUGGGGAGAUGAGAACCAUAUCCCCCGAGAGUAUACUGCAGACCAACGUAUACAGGGAGGACGUCUUCUUAUCCCAGGCAUCCGAGCCCCUCAGUCAGCACAAUACAUCAGGACUCUCCGAUAUUUCUGUCUUCCUGUCAAGUCCAGAGAGGCCAAGCAUGCAGAAUACUCCAGUGAAAAGUCCGUACUGGCCAGGGAAGAACAAGCGAAAGCAGUACACCCCUAAAAGGUCACCAUUUAAUAACAUCACAAACCUCAGGCUGCAGCCAUCUGUAUCAGAGGAGGAGGAGGAGGAGGAGGAAGAAGAAGAAGAAGAAGAGGUGGAUGAAGAUUAUGAACCAGAACCAGCAGCAAAAAGAUUUAAAUCUGACUCCUGUGGAAAAUUUUUGCGAAGAAGCCCAGUUGAUGAGGACUUUGUAUCUUAUGUUCCAUACAUUUGGAAGUUCCAUAAUACAUCUCGAUCUCGCCGACAGAAAGCAACACCUGUUCCAGAAAAACGUAGUCAGGACUCUCAGGAACCUGAAAGUGAGAACAAGAGCUCUGUUUGUAAACCAGAAAAAAUAGACCACAGGAAAACCACCUGGAUGAAUGGGUUCAUGAUGUUCAGUAGAUACAAUCGCAAGAAAUUCAUUGAGGCUAACCCUGGGGUACACACCUCUCACAUCAGUAAAAUCCUGGGCCACACCUGGAGGAACAUGUCAGCUGAGGACCAGAAACCAUACAAGGAUGAGGCCAAACUGUAUGCCAAAGAAAUGAGGAGUGAUAACUUAACAUGUCAAGAAAACAGUGGGAAUGUGGAGCUGUCCAGCCCAGCAAAAACAGAAUGAGACCAUGGCCCAUUAUAAAGAGCUGCCUUUUCAUUAAAAUGGUUCAAGAAACCCCACGGGUGGUUGUGAAAAUUUCACCAUCAACAAAAUGCAACAUUGCAUAAUGAAUGGGAUACUUUACUGAUACACGAUAUUAUAUUCUUAUAUCUCGGUAUACAUUUUUAAAACUGUAGUGUCUGAUAUGUUAGGGUGGUUGAAUGCAGUGUACAUUCCUUAUGUAGAAGUAGCAAUGUGUUACCUGUCAUGGACCCUGGUGGGUAUAAAGACUGAUUUUAUUUUUUAUACUUUUUUAUUACAGGUUGAUACGUUGUUACAGACAUUAUUUGUUUCCUAUUACUUUGAAUUGUUAUUGUUUUAUUACCAGUCCACAUUGUUAUUCAAUCAUGUUGCCAAGAUGUCAUGCGGAUAUAUGUUUUAAAACUUGGAACAUUUUAAUAAAACAUGUU